AUGCUCAAUACCAGUACGUCUCUGCAAGGGGGCAAGGUCUCCAGGGAGGAGUUUAGACGCCAGAAAGACCUCGAAGCCGCCCGUAAAGCCGGUACCGCUCCUGCUGCCGUCGACGAACAGGGCAAUGCCAUCAACCCCCACAUUCCCGAGUACAUCACCAAAGCUCCCUGGUAUGCGGACACCGGCGUACCCUCGCUGGCUCACCAGCGUAUCAAAGAAGAAGGACCCCAUCUAAAGCUCGACGAAUGGUACGACCGAGGCGCAAAGGCUGGGCCAGCGGCCAAAAAGUACCGAAAGGGUGCUUGCGAGAACUGUGGAGCGAUGACCCACAAGAAGAAGGACUGUGUGGAGAGGCCAAGGAAGAGAGGAGCAAAGUUCACCAACAAGGAUAUCGCGGCGGACGAAGUCGUUCAGAACUUUUCGACGGAUUACGAUUCCAAGAGAGAUAGGUGGAAUGGUUACGACCCCGCCACCUACAAGCAUGUCGUCGACGAGUACGAGGCCACGGAAGAGAUGCGCAAGAAGUACAGGGAGGAAGAGAUUGACAAGCAGACGUCUACGGACAUGGCUGCUGUCAAAAAGCUCGCAAAGAAGGAGAAGGAAGAGAAGGAUGGCGACGACGAUGACUUUGGCUCGAGUGAUGAUGAUGAUGAUGAUGACGACAAGUAUGCGGAUGCGGCAGAUCAGGUCGGCCAGAAGCUGGAUACCAAGACCCGAAUCACCGUUCGAAACUUGCGUAUUCGAGAAGACACCGCCAAGUAUCUUAUCAACCUCGAUGAAAACUCGGCGUACUAUGAUCCCAAGACGAGAUCUAUGCGAGAUGCUCCUGUCCAGAACAUGGACCCGGAAGAUAUGAAGUUUGCUGGUGAUAACUUCCAACGAUUCUCCGGCGACGCUGCCAAGAUGCAGAAGCUCGAACUUUUUGCCUGGCAAGCGUCCCAGCGUGGUAACAACGUCCAGGUUCACGCCAACCCUACCGCCGGUGAACUUCUACACAAAGAGUUCCAAGACAAGAAGGAGGUUUUGCGGGAUACCAACAAGACUUCGAUCCUGUCUCGGUAUGGUGGUGAACAGCAUCUGCAAAAGAUGCCGAAGGAGCUGCUGUCUGGUCAAACCGAAAAUUAUGUCGAGUACUCUAGACAAGGCCAGGUCAUCAAAGGCCGCGAGCGGACCACAGCUCGCUCAAAAUACGACGAGGAUAACUACAUCAACAACCAUACCUCUGUCUGGGGCUCGUGGUAUGACCUUUCCAACUCCCAGUGGGGCUACGCCUGUUGCCACUCCUUCAUCUCCAACUCUUAUUGCACGGGCGAAGCUGGUAAAGCUGCCAAUGUCUCCUCGUCUGCAUCCAAUCUGCUCGCAAGUGCCGAUGAUUUGGCGAGGGUAGAGGAAGAGGCCGAGAAGGAAAGGAAAUCAUUGAAGGAACAGCAUGAGGAGGAUCUCGCCUCGGGCAAGAAGGGCAAGGGGAAGGAGAGGGAGAGGGACUUGUAUGGGAAGAAGGACGAUGACGAGGCAGUGGACUUGGAUAAGGACAGAUUGAAGAAGGCCAUGAAAGAGGAGAAGAAGAGAAAGAAAAUGGAUGAAGAUGAGGCUUGGCAACAGGCCAAAAAGGGCAGAACGGAGGUCACUCAGGAGGAACUCGAGGCCUACAGGUUAUCGAAACAGGCCUACGAGGAUCCAAUGGCCAAUUAUCAGGAUCCAGAAGACCUGUGA